CCCGCGCGCUGGAGAAGUGCAGUUCCUCCUGAUUACCAACUCGUCCGUUCUCCCUUCGCGCGCCGUCGGAGAACACUCACCACAGACCCAGCCGUGCCUUCCUGCAGUGCCCCCGCUGCUGUUGCAUCCGCCCGGAGUUAGUGCACUGUCUUCAUCCUCCGCCACUGACAGGCGCCCUCAGGGAGCAGCCGUCAGCGAUGUCAAGCGAGGAAAGCUACCGGGCCAUCCUGCGCUACCUGACAAAUGAACGCGAGCCGUACGCGCCGGGCACCGAGGGCAAUGUCAAGCGUAAAAUCCGCAAGGCGGCCGCCUGCUACGUGGUGCGCGGCGGGACCUUGUACUACCAGCGGCGGCAGCGGCACCGCAAGACCUUCGCAGAGCUGGAGGUGGUGCUGCAGCCCGAGCGGCGCCAGGGGCUCAUAGAGGCGGCGCACCUGGGCCCGGGAGGCACUCACCACACCCGGCAUCAAACCUGGCACGACUUGUCCAAAACAUACUGGUGGCGAGGUAUAUUAAAGCAAGUCAAAGAUUACAUUAAACAGUGUAGCAAAUGCCAGGAAAAACUAGAUCGCUCCCGUCCAAUAUCAGAUACUUCAGAAAUGUUGGAAGAAUUGGGGCUAGACCUUGAAUCUGGAGAAGAAAGUAAUGAAUCAGAGGAUGACCUGAGCAACUUCACUUCACCUCCAGCUACAGCCUCCAAGCCUGCAAAAAAGAAGCCAGUUUCCAAACAUGAACUUGUAUUUGUUGAUACCAAAGGAGUGGUGAAGCGUUCUUCUCCCAAACAUUGUCAGGCUGUCUUAAAACAGCUGAACGAACAGAGGCUCUCCAACCAGUUCUGUGAUGUGACCUUGUUGAUUGAAGGAGAAGAGUACAAAGCCCAUAAAUCUGUUUUGUCAGCUAAUAGUGAAUAUUUUCGAGAUCUUUUUAUUGAGAAAGGAGCUGUUUCCAGUCAUGAGGCAGUGGUGGAUCUUUCUGGUUUUUGUAAGGCAAGCUUCCUGCCCUUACUGGAAUUUGCCUAUACUUCUGUGCUAAGUUUUGAUUUUUGUAGCAUGGCUGAUGUGGCCAUCUUGGCUCGCCAUCUUUUCAUGUCAGAAGUUUUAGAAAUCUGUGAAAGUGUACAUAAACUAAUGGAAGAGAAGCAGUUAACAGUAUAUAAGAAGGGUGAAGUACAAACAGUUGCAUCUACCCAGGACUUACCAGGACAGAAUGGAGGUCCAGCACCUCCUGUGGCUAGCAAUGAGGGAACCACAACUUUAUCAACUGAACUUGGGGACUGUGAAAUUUUUUUACUGGUGAAUGGAGACUUGCCAGAAGCUGAGCAGAAUGGAGAGUUGGAACGGCGGUCUGAGCCCCAGGUUUCUUCAGAGACUGAAGCUGCUGCAUCACCUGGAGGCUGUAUAACUGAUUCUCAUCCAGAAAUGGAGUCUGUUGAUUUGGUGGCAAAAAACAACCAGACAGAACUAGAAACUUUAAGCAGCAGACAAGAUGGCACAGUUUCUAAUAUUCAUCCUAAACUUUCAAAAGAGAAUGUAAUCAUUAGCUCUCCAGAAAACGGUGAUAUGGAACAUGAAACGUCAACCGAGGAUAUCUGUGCUGAAGACAUUCCAGAGUAUGGGCAGAACUUUAGCAAGUCUUUAAAAGACCAGGAGAAUCUAGUUGUACCAACAGCAAAGACAGACCCUGGCCCAGAUGAUGAUACUUACAAAAGCAGGCUUCGGCAGCGUUCUGUUAAUGAAGGUGGAUAUAUCCGACUGCACAAAGGAAUGGAGAAAAAGCUGCAGAAGCGGAAAGCCAUUCCCAAGUCAGCAGUUCAACAGGUGGCCCAGAAAUUAGUUCAAAGAGGAAAAAAGAUGAAACAGCCAAAAAGAGAUGCUAAAGAGAAUACUGAAGAAGCAGCGUCUCAUAAAUGUAGGGAAUGUGGCAUGGUUUUUCAGAGACGGUAUGCCCUUAUAAUGCACACAAUGAAACAUGAAAGAGCUAGAGAUUACAAAUGUCCGCUGUGUAAGAAACAAUUUCAGUACAGUGCUUCCUUGAGAGCACACCUUAUUCGACAUGCCAGAAAGGAUGCACCUACUUCAUCCUCUUCCAAUUCCAUGUCUAAUGAGGCAUCAGGAACAUCGACUGAGAAGGGCAGAACCAAACGAGAAUUUAUAUGUUCCAUAUGUGGAAGGACAUUACCUAAAUUGUAUUCUCUUCGAAUACAUAUGUUAAAGCAUACAGGUGUGAAGCCACAUGCAUGCCAGGUCUGUGGAAAGACUUUCAUCUACAAGCAUGGUCUAAAAUUACACCAAAGUCUCCAUCAAUCACAAAAGCAAUUCCAGUGUGAACUAUGUGUUAAGUCAUUUGUUACCAAACGGAGUCUUCAAGAACAUAUGAGUAUUCACACAGGAGAGUCCAAGUACCUUUGCUCAGUUUGUGGAAAGUCUUUUCACAGGGGCUCUGGACUCAGCAAGCACCUAAAGAAACAUCAGCCAAAGCCUGAGGUUCGAGGCUAUCAUUGUACUCAAUGUGAAAAAAGUUUCUUUGAAGCUAGAGAUCUUCGCCAGCACAUGAACAAACAUCUUGGUGUGAAGCCUUUCCAGUGCCAAUUUUGUGAUAAGUGCUAUAGUUGGAAGAAAGAUUGGUAUUCCCAUGUGAAGUCUCAUUCUGUUACUGAGCCUUACAGGUGUAAUAUAUGUGGCAAAGAAUUUUAUGAAAAAGCAUUGUUCAGAAGGCAUGUAAAGAAAGCUACCCAUGGGAAAAAGGGAAGAGCAAAGCAAAACCUGGAACGAGUGUGUGAGCAAUGUGGAAGAAAAUUCACUCAGCUGAGAGAGUAUAGGAGACAUAUGAACAACCAUGGAGGAGUUAAGCCAUUUGAGUGCUUAACAUGUGGAGUAGCUUGGGCUGAUGCCCGAUCUCUAAAACGCCACGUCAGAACACAUACUGGCGAACGGCCUUAUGUAUGUCCUGUAUGUAGUGAAGCCUACAUAGAUGCUCGGACACUCCGUAAACAUAUGACUAAAUUCCACAGAGAUUAUGUGCCUUGCAAAAUUAUGCUGGAAAAAGAUACCCUUCAGUUUCAUAACCAGGGAACUCAAGUGGAGCAUGCUGUUAGCAUUUUAACAGCAGAUAUGCAGGAACAAGAAAGCAGCGGUCCUCAAGAACUUGAGACAGUUGUAGUAACAGGAGAAACAAUGGAAGCUCUUGAAGCAGUUGCAGCUACUGAAGAGUGUCCAUCGGUAUCUACGCUUUCUGACCAAAGUAUCAUGCAAGUAGUUAAUUAUGUAUUGGCACAACAGCAAGGACAGAAGCUAUCUGAAGUUGCAGAAGCUAUUCAAACUGUUGAAGUAGAAGUGGCACAUAUUUCAGAAGCUGAAUGAUAGUAAUGGAAAUAAGAAGUGACAUCUUAUGGAUACGGAACUCAAGAGUGUUUGUUUACGAUACUGUGUGACUAUUUACCCAGAGUUUGUAUAUCAAGGCUCUGGGCUGUUUGGUGAUGUUUCAACGUUUCUAAACGGUUUGUCUGGCUAAUAGGUUCUGGAGAAAAGUCCAUUAACUGUAAAAAAAAACAUUGAAAACAAAUCUUAUUCGAUGGCAGUGGUUUAUUAUGGAAUACUUUUAUGAAUUAAAUGUUUAUAAAGGACUGUACUAAAUUAAAACUGUACAGUUUUAUUUGCAUUUUGACAUUAUAUACUUUGAGUUUAAAAGGCUGUAUCAGUUAGCUUUUCUUUUAUUCUCAAAAUAUAGAGGUUCUGUGAUUUCUUUUGUCCUGUUUAUGGAUUUAAAAUAUUCUAAUAUAAAGCAUUUUAGUAGGAUGUAUAUUACAUUUUUUUAAAUGCUUCAAAUCUGUGAUUCUUGACUUAAGUAUUUAUUUUAACUCCUUAUAAGUCAGGGAUUCUUUGUUUUAAAGCACUUAAUGAGUUACAUGUUGUAAUCAAGUUUGCACAGUAUGCUUACCUCUAUGGGGAACCCUUAAAACAAUAGCUGAUUUUUAAAAUGCCAUGAAAAUGCAUGAAAUGCCUAUUAAAGCCUUACUAUAUUAUCUCUUCAAGGCAAGUAAAUUGACCAUGAGCAAAGAAGAGUUACUAAACACUGUUGAGGGGAAAUUUCUCCUUGAUAACAUGGGACAAUGAAUGAUAAAAAGAAUCUCAUUCUUUGCUGAAGAAUGACAACUUAAAACUAGGUUUGGUAUGUUUGUAGUUUUUAUAUCAUGUUUAAUUCAAUUUGUUGGGAAACUGCAGUUUAGAAAUAGGAUAGCAAUAUGGACACCUGUGGUGGUCCUGUGGAUACUAUAUAAUUGUCAAGUAAUUUGAGGAUAUUGAAAAUCUUCAAUUCAGCCCUCACUAUAGUAUACUACUAAAAUUGAUUGAUUAUGGUCCACCAAAUUGUUGAAAGUAAAUUAUUUUAAAAAGUUACCUGAGAAUUAUAUUAAUUUGUGUGUUUGAUUUUUCAAUUCCCACCUUUUUAAGCUAUCCAAUUUUCCGAUUUUCAAAAUAAUGGUGGGGAGGUGCCACAUUUCUCUCCUCUGGAAGCUACCACUCAAGCUAUAAUUGUUAAAAUUAAACUUUUUAAGUAUUAGAAGCUAAUACAAAGUAUAAAAUUAAGAUAUAAGCAAAUCACAUGUAAAUCAUUCCAAAAGCACAAAAAAAGAA